AUGGCUGAAGACACCUAUGCUGGUGAUGAGUGGUGGCCCUAUGAGACGGCAGAGACCUACCACGGUGACUAUGACCUUGAGCAAGGAUGGCAUGAUGAAGAGUUUGAGCUCAUUGAAGAGUUCACGGAGCAUGACACUCUGGCCAUGAUGGCUGCUGAAGGUGUUGACCUCGAUGAUGAGGAGAGCAUGGAGUACGCUGCUGACAUCAUCCAAGCAGAACAUGAAGCCUACCUGACGAGGAACUUCGCUGCCUACAAGGGCUUCAAAGGCUUCAAGGGCAAGGGCAAGAAUGCACCUCGCCAGUUCCACGUUCAAGGACAGCUCUCCCUCUCUGAGCGUCAACAGAAGAUCGCACAGCUCAAGGAGAAGACCACCUGCCGCCGCUGCGGACAAGUUGGCCACUGGUCCAAUGAUCCAACAUGCCCAAAAGGCAAAGGCAAGGGGAAGAGCAAAUCCAGUUCGAGCUCUUCUACAUCCGCUGGACCGGGCAAGGGAGGCAAGAAGGAUGGUUCCAACCGGACCGUCUACUUCUCUGUCAGGAGCAAUGUUGAAGAGGAUGACAACCCGCCUCAAGUCUACAUGGCCAUGAGGUACAACAAGGUACCACCUCCAUCGUCCCUUGAAGAUGGCACGACUAUCUCCUCUCCGAGCUCUACGCCAUGGUCAAUGGUUGAAGCUGAACAACGUCUGCAGGAAGCCUCAAAUGAGCUGGUUCUCACUCAGGAAGAUUUGGACAUGGCUAUGCUUCGUGAAGCUUUAGGUGGACAUCUUCCUCAGGAUGAACCACCACCUCAAGCACUACAGCAAGAAGCCGCCAAUCCUGAACAUCGAGGACUUGGCAGUGUCUUCCGAGGUAUCUCCUCGCUGUUUGGAGGACAUCAACCGGCCUAUCCAUUGCCUGGUGAUUUUCAAGACAUGCCCCGGAUGGACAUGGAUUUGGAGGCCGAGAUGUCUGGUCAGUUUGCCAUUGAAGACCGCUUCCCACAGUACUUUGCUGAAGAAGACGCAGCCCAGAAGCGUCGUGAUGAACGUGCUGAUCUAUCCGUCACUUCGCAUCAGAUGGCCAAAGACCAAGCUGAGAAGGCGAAGCAAGAUGCCUGUCGACAUCAGAACACUACCACCUCUGGUAGCAAUGCCUACUACUUCCGCAAGACUUGCAAGGACUGCAACAAGAUCCUCGAGAAGACCAAGAGGACUUCAGAACAUACAACCUCAUCCAGCACUACCGACAAGCCGAAGAGCAGCUGUCCUCACCACAACGUUUCCUGGCAUGGAACCAAUGGUCAUCGCUGGAAGCAGACGUGCAAGGAUUGUGGUGAUGUGAAGACUGGACCUGUCGCCAAGAAGGAUGCUGAAGAGACUGGAACUUCAUCCCAGACUCGCGCUAUGCCUCGAGUCUACACCGGCACGAUGAACAUCUCCAAUGUCGGCAUCAUGAUGCAUCUCUUUGAAGUGGCUAUGAAGAUGAAGGAAGACCACUUCGCUGGACCCGAUGGUGAGCUGCCGAUCGAUGAGAUCAUUUCAGCAUUGGAAGUCUCCAUCAGUGUCGCCAACCGACGACCUGCUCCAUUUGCCGACACGGCUACAACGACCUCCAAGACUGCAUCCAAGAAGAGUAUGGCUUGCACUAUGACUCCCAAUGGAGGCACUCUGGAAGACAAGUUGAAUGCUGAAGGUACUCAGAUUGUCAACUUUGGCAGCUACAAGAAUGCCACGUUCCACCGGGCCUGGAAGGACCAAGCCUAUGUGAAGUGGUGUCUCGACCACACGACACCAUCAUCGUCGCCUGGACAGAAGAAACUCGCUGGCUACUUCCGCGAGAUGAAAGCCAACCACAUGCCAACCGAGGACACUCCAUCUCCCACUGCCUACAUGGCUGCGCGCAAGAAGCCUGAUGGAUCUGAGAAUGAUCUUCUUGCAAUCCUCGACACGGGAUGCAAUGCCACGUGUCAUGGGGCAUCAUGGCUACAGGCCUAUUACAAGGCCACUGGAAGUGAACCACCUCCACUCGAACCUGUCUCUGGUGGCGGAAUGCGUGGCAUUGGUGGCAGUAUGAAGCUCUCAGGACAGAGAACCCUGGAGCUGAGUUUUGAGCUUGAGAAUGGCAACUUCGCUCGUGGCACAAUGACCUCAUUCGAGAUCGAGGACUCUGACGCUCCACUGCUCCUCUCCAUUGGCACUCAACGCCAACUUGGUUUUGUCAUCGACCUCAACAAGAAGACCGUGGACAGUGAAGUUCUUGGAAGCCAAGUGAAGCUGGGCGAGAUCGCCGAGCCCUAUUACAAGAACGACCACAUCACUGAGAAUGACCUGACCAAGAAGGAGUAUGAUGGGGCACCACAAGUGCCUGAGCCCCAAGAGGAGGACAUUCAGUUGACUCCUGAAGUGCACCUGGCAUUCGAUGAGAUCACAUCCAAGAAGACCUUCACCAAAGGACAACGCAAGCACUUCGUGUCAGAGGUGAAGGAAGUUCAGAAUGCCGACAAGCACAUGUGGGGCACACUUCGGACGAAGCUCAAUCGUCCAAAGAUCCUGCCGAAAGGCUGCCGCACCUUCCUCUUUGAAGUGUUUGCUGGCACGGCACUUCUUUCCAUGAUGGCAGCCGAAGCUGGAUAUGCAGUUUCACAACCAUGCGACAUUUUGUUGGAUGGUAGCAAUUUGCUCAACGCCUCUGAGAGAGCCAAGAUCGAGGCGGUCAUCGAUAGUGACGACCCAUACUGUGUGAGCUUUUCUCCCGUAUGUGGACCCUGGUCGCCACUACAGCAACUGUCUGUUGCCAAGGAUCCCAGCUAUGCUCAGAAGCUGGGACUACAAGAUGAACUGGAGCACACCUACAGCAAGUAUGCUUUUCCAGCAGAAUUCUCUCUCGAAGAAGAACAACCGUUUGGAACUCUGGAUCGCAUCUACAACCCUGAAGAUGAAGCCAUUGUUCCUCUACCACCCCGAUUGGAUGAGGUGGAACUUCAUCAAGAAGAAUCUCGAGAUGAGUUGGCUGGUUGCUCCUCACAAGAUCACCUUCGUCGGCAAGAAUGGAAGAAGCUUCCACUGGCCAAGCGUGUCGCUGUUCGUCGACUACAACAAAUGACUGGACAUGCCAGUUCUUCUGCUAUGGCUCGAAUGCUGAAGUUAGCCAAGGCAGACCCUGAAGUCCUGAGUCGACUGAAGCAUUUCCGGUGUGAGACCUGCCAACACUUGAAGAAGCCGGAACCGACGCCUGUGGUCAAGCCUCCGAGACUUGCAAAUCGUGGACAGUUGGCAUCCUUCAUGCAGUCUCAAGGUGUCCACAUUCGCUACGCUGGCACUGAAGCUGCACAUCAAAUUGGCAGAGCUGAGCGGCAAGGCUCCAUCCUCAAGGAAGUGAUCCAUCGCACUGUGGACGUGCAGAACCCGUUCAGGAACCUGCUACAGCUGCAGCAGAGCCAAAUGCUCCACCACAAGCCUCACAAGAACCUGACGUUCCGACACCACCUGGACUACCACAGCCAACAGAACCACCAGAAGAUCGACGCAGACCUCCUGAAGUUCCCAUCGAAGAACUUGAAAUGUCUGAGUAUGUGCCCACUUCUCCACCAUCUGGAGACGUCGAAUGGGAUGACUUUCAAGAUUUGCUUGAUGAUCUACACCUCACUGGUGAUGUUGAAGCUGGAUCGAGACAUCAAUCUGUUGAAGAGCCUGAUGGCGAACGUGAUCCGCCUGCUGCAACUACACCCAUGGAGAUGA